AGAGAGGAAAAAGAACAAGCUCACAUACAGAGAGAACAGAGACGGUGUGUAUCUGUGUGUGUUUGUGUGUAGCUAUAGACAGCGGUAGAGUGUGGAGCAAAAGGGGCAAGCAGGUAAACGUGAACUUUUGACUAAAGAUGAGAUCGCUCAAACAUCUAAAACCUCAAACCAAGAGAAAUUUGGAGGAGAAGACCCAGCAGCUGGUUCGAUGUUAUGCUGAAGCCAUGCACCAGCAGAUGGAUGUGGGGACACAGACAGACCCAGUGGUGGUCUUGUCUCUGGCCCAGGCUGCUGUGUUGGGACUUAUAUCCCAGAAUGAGGUCUUUGGUGCCACCAUUGCACCCAACGGUUUUUAUACCGGAGAGCCCAAAGAAUCUCCUGCUCCGUCCAUCGAGCGGAUGGACUACGAGUAUGCUGACCAGCUCAUUGGCGCCAAUGGUGACUACCUUGGUGUGAACCUUGGAGAGGACGGUCAGGCUCACCCGAGCUGUGCUGAAAGGAGGUGGCAGGGAACACCUGAAAACACAAAGCCUAUAGUAGUGCACCAGAACGCGGGUUCGCAUGUCAAAGGUGAGUCUGUGACCCCGGGACUGCCUUCCUGCAACCACAUGAUGAGCAUGAUGCCUAGAGAGAACAUGCAGAUGGUAGACAACUCUGGUUACCGCCUAGCCUCCAAAGCUCAUGCCAGCAACUGCUGCUCGACCUGUGUCCGGGAACCCAAGAGCUCACAUCAGCCACAUAACCACCAUGUUCAUCCCCACCACAACAGUCACACACCUAAUGAGGUUCAUUCUCAUGACAGAAGUCAUACACUGGAGAAAAGAGGAAAUGAGGACGUGCAAGAGGACGGGAAUGACACAAGGAUGGGGAAGGCUGGCAGUGGAGGGGAGGAGAUGAGCAGCUACUUCCGUGGUAAUGAGGUUGGCUAUGAAGGCGGGGAUAUGGAUGGGGUAGGAGAGUUUGAUGAGAGCAACCAAGGCCUGUUCUGGGGGGAGCCUGUGGAAGGGGAGGCACCGCGGGGGCGCCGCAUUGACCGAUUGGACAUCAACAUACAGAUCAACGAGUCAUAUUGCGUGGAUGUUGGCGAAGGCUUGAAGCGCUGGAAGUGCCGCAUGUGUGAAAAGUCAUACACUUCCAAAUAUAACCUGGUUACACAUAUCUUGGGCCACAAUGGCAUUAAACCCCAUGCCUGCCCACAUUGUGGGAAGCUCUUCAAGCAGCCAAGCCACCUGCAGACACACCUCCUGACGCACCAAGGCACACGGCCGCACAAGUGCACCGUCUGCAAAAAAGGCUUUACUCAGACCAGCCACCUAAAACGCCACAUGUUACAACACUCUGAUGUCAAGCCCUUCAGCUGCCGCUUUUGCCGCCGAGGCUUUGCCUAUCCCAGUGAGCUGCGAGCCCAUGAGGUGAAGCAUGAGCGAGGCCGCUGCCACAUCUGCUCACAGUGCUCCAUGGAGUUCCCCACCUAUGCCCACCUCAAGCGCCAUCAGGUCAGCCACCAAGGGCCGUCCAGCUUUCAGUGUAGCCACUGCAGUAAGACAUUUGCCUACCGUAGUCAGUUGCAGAACCAUAUGCUGAAGCAUCAGGCCCAACGCUCUUUUUCCUGCAGCCAGUGCGGCCUGCAGUUCCUGCAGCUCCACCAGCUACGUCAGCACUCCCUCACACACAAAGUGCUAAAGCCUCAGGCACGUGCCUCUAAGGGAACAAAAGGCUUCAAGUGUGAUGUAUGCGCUCGUGAGUUCACAUUGUCUGCAAACCUGAGGAGGCACAUGCUGAUCCAUGCCAGUGUCAGGCCCUUUCAGUGUCACGUCUGCUUCAAGUCCUUCGUCCAGAAGCAGACUCUGAAAACCCACAUGAUCGUCCACCUACCUGUGAAACCCUUUAAGUGUAAGGUGUGUGGAAAAUCAUUCAACCGAAUGUAUAAUCUUCUGGGCCACAUGCAUCUACAUGCCGGCAGCAAGCCAUUUAAGUGUGCGUACUGCUCCAGCCGAUUCAACCUGAAGGGUAACCUCAGUCGACACAUGAAGGUCAAGCAUGGCAUGGACGUAUCCCCAGAGGGACAAGAUGCUCCUCCAGAUCUGGAACCCCACGAGGAUUAUGAAGAAGAUAACUUCAACUUCGCCGCCCCUGAAAAUAUGGAUGCUAACGACGCGCCUAAUCUCACCAAGCUCUCUGAGGUUGCUAUACAGGAGCUGGACUAUUAUAACUUUGGAAAGGAUGUGGGCAGCUACAACACAGCAUGAGCCCUGUGAAUAAGACUAAAGCUGAUAUACUGUUGAGGAUCCUUUGAACUAAUUGGGCACUUAUCAGCCAUACGCUGGUUGUUAUGUAUUUCCAUGAGAACCACGACUUCUCUAUUAUUACUGAUGGACAGGUGGCCAUCGUGGUUUUACUCAUGUUGUAACUAUUCUGAUUCUGUUUCAUAAAAACCACUGAAUUUGCUAAGAGUCUUUUGAACAAUUGUAAGUUUACCCUGUGCUGCUGUGUGGCAUUGCGACAGCGCGUUAUUGAUUUAAAGGUCCACUCGGCAAGGUUCACGACCAAAAAUGAACAAAAUACAUAUAUAAAAAGUGAUUAUUUACUGUCUUUAUGUUGAUUACAUAAUGUACACUCACAUGAGAUGAAGGAUUAAAUGCCAUUGUUUGAAUGUAAGAUGAUGGUGAGGGUAGCAUUGUCACCUCACUGGUCCGGGAUCCCUGAUUUGAUCCUGAGGUCGGGUUAGUGUCUGUGCAGAGUUUCUCUGCAUGUUCUCCUCCGUAAAAUACAUGAUCCUGGGUGGUUCAGCUGUGCUAAAUUGCCCCUAGGUGUGAAAUGUAUGUGUGCAUGCAUGCAGUUGCCUAUGAUGGAUUGACAUUAACAUCAUCGGUGUGUCCCUACCUCGUGCUCAGUGUUAAUGAGAGAGUUUAUUCUACAAGUUUUCCUUGCCAUGCUUGAGAUGUUGUGUCCACAAAGUCUAAGUAUGGGUAUAGAUGCCAGCAAAGACAUUUUGCACUCUCAUUGGGCAUAGAUGUCUCUUUAGAUGCCCUGAGAUCUUCCAUGAUCUCCACUUUGGGGAUGUCAGACUGCAGCAUAUGAGGAUGUAAUUUCAAACAAAGCAGUUUAAUUAUUCAUCUCGUGCAAGCAUACAUAAUGUAUGUAAACAAAAAUAAAGAUCAUAAAUAUACACUACUAUAUACAGACCAAUGACAAAUUUUAAAGAAAAUACACUGUAAACUGUGUGAAAGUUUUAGGCCCCAGAGCAACCAGAGCAGUUUCAGUGUGCUUUGGUCAAAAAAAGUCUCUGGAGCUGUACUGGAGAGAUGAACAUCAUUUUGUCUAAAAUGUAUGCUCUUGGUUGGUGUUUUGCUGAUGCUAGUGGAGAACCCUGUCCAACAGGUCUCUUAAAAAUUUAUCCUUGGAUGGUGACUACAUUGGUCAUAGCAUGACUUAGAUUAUCUUCAUCCUCAUCAAAUCAUUUAGUGAGCCCUGUGGAUGGGGGCGGAGCCAUCCUGGAGGAGACCAUGUCCAUUGGGAUAGUAUUGUUUUAUUAUAAGAAAAGAAAUGAGAAGAACUUUGUCCUGAUUUGCAGUGACUGUUCACUCCUAGGAGAUAAAUGGACUCCUUUCAUGUCAACAAAAAUAAAUGCCCCCCCCCUCUACAGACACUGUUUUUUUUCUUUUAAUCUGUGACCCACUUGUGUAUCGUCUCUUUUUGUUCACUGACUGGACCUUUUAAAAACAGCCUAACUAAUAUCAUUAAGUUUCUUUGCCUCUACUUACUGUUGUUUAUAAAUGAGAGAACGUAAAAGAGCGCCCGGUGUAUUUGUGCUCAGUAGAACAGUGUACUAGCGAGUGUACAUACCUGAGUGUGUGUGUUUGGGCCCCAGUACCAAAGUCACUGCAUGACCAUCCACUACAAUUUCCAGAAAGCGAUACCUUCACCAACAACCAGUUAUUUGUAGAGAAUAAUUGUUCCCAUAUAUUAGUUUGAUAUUUAUUUUGCACCUUUGGAUUAAAAAUGCAUUUAAUAUCUUUUGAGAAGAAACCUGGUUUAUCACUGACAGUUAAAGCUCUUGUCUAAUCUUCAUCUCAUAGGAGAUAGA